ACUCCUCAGGCACAGACAGAAACGCUCUAAAACCGGAAUUGACCGAAAAGCCCAUGCUCUCCCCCACUCUUUCUCCCUCUCUAAGCUUUCAGAUUGCGCUCCUUUCCAAAAUCUCAAAACCUACGGUCCUCGAUCGGAAUUUCACUCCGGCCUCGCCGGAAACAUCUCGGCACUGGAUACAGAUUCUAGAGAGGGAGAAAGACUGUCGCGAUUCUCAGAAAUGGUGGCGCUCAUUUGACUAGACCGUCAGUGCAAGUCUCGAGUAGCAGCAUGGGUUUACCUUUGGGUGGUGAGGGUCCUGCUAUACUGCAGUUGCAAAAAUGGCGGCCCUCUCAGGCCCAUCUGAACCUGUCAGAAUUUCGUGAAGCUUUCAUUUCUCCUACAAGACAGUUAUUGUUAUUGCUUUCGUAUCAGUGUGAAGCUAUGUUGCUUCCGCUUAUUACCGGGGACUCUAUAAGUCGUAAUGGUUUUGACGGUAGGAAAUGCACAUCUGAGUCAGUUGUGGAUUUUGAUCAUGAUUUUUCUCUUGAAUCAAGAUCUAUUUGUCAUACUUUUCUUGGUGAUGUGAACUCACUGGCUUGGGGUAUAUGCGGUGAUACCUAUAAUCAGCACAAGGAUACUUCAUUUAGAGAACUUCUAUUUAUAUCUGGCAGCCAUGGUGUUACUGUCCAUACUUUUUGUGAACCCAAUAGAGGCAGUGCAAUGGCUAGAACCGCACCAGAGGGUGAUUUUGGGCAAGGGAGGUGGGUGGAAUGGGGGCCUUCUGCUACACUAGCUUCACAUAUGGAGGUGCAGGAACCUUCCAUCUUAUGUUGUGAACCCCCUGGAAAUGUUGUAGAUGUAAACACAGCCAAUGGAACUAGUGAAAUUCCACAAAAUACUUCUGAAGUAGGUGAUGAUUUGUCAAGAGGAGUUGCUUCUAAGAAAUGGUUGCAAUCUUUUUUUGUUAAAGUUGAAACUAUCAAAUCUGAUGAUACUGUAUGGACCAGGUUCCCAGAUAAAUCAUCAAUUCCUUGCUCUGCAGAGGUUGUUUCAUUCAGCCUUUUCAAUAGUAACUUACCACUUCUCGACUUCUAUAACAAAGGAAACUCUGAGUCAAAUAAGGAGAACUGGCAGGAAACAGUUCCUGAUUCAGCAAAUUAUACAUUUAUGAAGUCGAAUUCGGCAUCACCUGUUUCAAAUUUGAAGUCUGAUGUUUUGUCCAAUGUUUUCGGUUUUGGAGUGAAUGAUUUAUACAAGUGCUCCAGGGUGUUCUCUAGCAAUUCACAUCACUUAAUUGGAUUCGUUUUAACAUUGGUGGAUGCUGUUACUGUUAAUACUAGCAAUGAAAGUGAAAGUAGCUGGAGCAACAAUUUACUUCUUGUUGCUAGGUUAGAGAGUUGGGGAAUCCAGUGGGUUUCCUCGGUAAAGCUUGAAGAAAGUCUAAACAUAGGUCCAGUGGUUGAGUGGGCUGACUUCCGCUUUUCUGAUAACCUUCUUGUUUGUCUUAAUGCAUCUGGCUUAAUCUUUUUUUAUGCUGCAAUGUCUGGUGAUUAUGUUGCAUGUAUAGAUGUUUUACAAACAUGUGGACUUAAUCCUCAAUCAGCUUUCCUGGAGAAAGAAAAGAUUUCUGCGGGAAUACAUAUUAAAAAAGUUGAUGAAGUUCGUGAGAAGUCAACUUAUCAACAUGCUGGUUUUUCUGGUAGAAGAAUGUUUAAAAGGUUGCUUGUUGAUUCACAUACUUCUCUCUUAGCAGUGGCUGAUGAACAUGGUGUAAUAUAUGUAAUUCAUGCCGGAGACUAUAUGCCAGACAAGUAUUAUAAAUCUGAGAAAUUGCUUCCACAUUUUCAGCAUUUGGGACUUGGUAUGUCGGUUGGUGGUUCUGAUAUUGGCACCCAAAGGGUGUAUUCUAGUUAUUCUGGUCAUCUUAAAUCUAAUAUGUUAUCCAUGAUGGGUGGGAGUCUUUCCUUUUCAGGUAAUAUUGGAAGUAAUGUACCUCCAAAAAUCCGAGACUUGAACCUUCAAGGAAAGAGGAACCAGUAUGACUUAAGUUUAAGUGGCUUUUCUGCUGCUUCGAAGACGACAGAUCAGAGGUUUCAUGAUUCUGAUGUACCAUCACACAGUUUGCGAAAAAUAUUUCUUUCCACAUAUAGAUUUAAUGAGGACGAUUGUAUCUGUUUUUCUCCUCUGGGAAUUACUCGGUUCGUUAGAAAACACCAUAUGAAGAAUCAAAAGGGUUCUCAAAUUGUUCAUUUCGAUCUGCAUGCAGAGUUGGCAGUUCGUGAUGACAGCUGCUUGAAUGGGUAUGAAAUGUUUUUUCUCCAAGGUAGGAAGGAAUCAUUUGUUGGAGAAGCAGUUGGUUGCACUUUUGGAGGAUGUUUUUAUUUGGUGACAGAAGGUGGUCUUUCAGUGGUUCUUCCCUCUAUUUCAAUUUCAUCUAAUUUCCUUCCUGUUGAGACCAUUGGGUAUCGGCAGCCAAUUAUCGGUAGAGGCAUUGGAUGUCAAGUUAGGGACACAUUGGAAAUUAAUGAAUCAAAACAGCGCUGCCCACCGUGGAAACUUGAAGUUUUGGACAGAGUUCUUCUGUAUGAAAGUCCUGAAGAGGCAGAUCACUUAUGUUUGGAAAAUGGGUGGGACCUAAAACUUUCGCGGAUGCGUCGGUUGCAAAUAGAGUUGGACUACUUGAAAUUUGAAGAAAUAGAGGGAUCUCUAGAAAAGCUUGUGGGUGUAAAUCUCGCUGAAGAGGGAAUUUUAAGAUUGCUCUUUGCUGCAGUUUAUCUGAUGCUCUGUAAAUCUGCCAGUGAUAGUGAGGUUUCUGCUGCAUCAAGGCUUCUCGCAUUGGCCACCUGCUUCGCGACCAAAAUGAUUCGUAGAUAUGGAUUACAACAGCACAGGGAAGAUGCUUACAUAUUGCAGGGCUUUAGUAGGACUCACAUACUUUCUCUUCCACCAGUUAGACCAGACAAAGUACACAAAGAUCAGGGAAAUUCAAGAAGGCUUAGUGAGAUGGCUCACUUUCUAGAGGUUGUUCGAAAUCUGCAAUAUCGACUUAGUUCAAAAUUCAAGAGGCCUGGUCAAGGAUUGGUGGAUGGUAGGGAAGCAUCAAGUUUGGUGGAUAUGGAUUUAACCCAGGAUGAAUGUCGUCUUUCUAAUCUUUCAACAGAUGCUGUAUCAUUAGAGACAGCAAACCAACUUGAAAUUUCGUUUCCUGUGUCCUCAGACUCCAUCACUACUGAGAACCUUGCUUUGAUGCCUGUGGAUGCUGACUCCCAUUUGGACCCAGAGGAUUUGAGUGAAGUUUCUGCUCUUGUGCCGCAAGGGGUAGUGCUGGAAAAAAAAGUUCUCCCCUUAGAAAAUCCAAAGGAGAUGAUUGCACGGUGGAGGCUAGAUAAUUUGGACCUUAAAACUGUGGUCAAAGAUGCAUUACUCUCUGGUCGUCUUCCUUUGGCAGUUCUUCAACUGCAUCUUCAUCAUUCAAGUGGUUUAGUCGCUGACAAAGAGCCUGUUGAUUCUUUCACUGAAGUUCGUGACAUUGGAAGAGCUAUUGCUUAUGACCUAUUUUUGAAGGGUGAAACUGGACUUGCUGUAGCUACACUGCAAAGGCUUGGAGAGGACAUUGAAACCAACCUCAGGCAGUUAUUGUUUGGCACUGUAAGAAGAUCUCUUCGAGCAGAAAUUGCUGUGGAGAUGAAAAAAUUUGGUUACUUGGGACCAUAUGAGUGGAAGAUAUUAGAUAGUAUAUCAAUCAUUGAGAGGCUCUACCCAAGCAGUAGCUUCUGGAAAACAUUUCUUGGCCGACAGAAAGAAUUCGUGAGAACUUCAUCAAGUUCAAAUUCACCAGGGGGACUUUAUCUGCACCUAUUGCAUUCACAUUUGUUUGACAAUCUGAUAAUUGAGUGUGGUGAGAUUGAUGGAGUUGUUUUAGGUUCAUGGACAAACGUCAAUCUGGGCUCUUCUGUUCCUGUGGUUGAUGAAGAUAAUGCUCAUGCUGGAUACUGGGCGGCUGCUGGUAUCUGGUCAAAUACAUGGGAUCAAAGAACCAUUGAUCGUAUACUACUGGAUCAAUCUUUUCUUAUGGGUGUUAAUGUAUUAUGGGAAUCUCAACUUGAGUACCAUGUAUGCCGUAAUGACUGGGAAGAAGUCUCUAAACUCUUGGACCUUGUUCCUACAUCUAUUUUAUCAGAUGGAAACCUCCAAGUCAGUUUAGACAGUUUGCAGCCUGCUUCAACUGUUGGGUACAAUAGGGAGCCUGCUGAUUAUGGCAAUUACUUAUGUUCUCUUGAAGAACUGGAUGCCGUGUGCAUGGACAUCCCGGACGUCAAAAUUUUCAGGUUUUCGGCCAAUAUAAUGUGCUCCAUCUGGUUAAGGUUGCUUAUGGAGGAGAAGCUUGCAAGGAAGUUCAUUUUUAUGAAGGAAUACUGGGAAGGCACAGCAGAGAUAGUAUCUCUUUUGGCCCGUUCAGGCUUCAUCACUAUUGGAUACAAACAUCCUUUUGAGGAUGAUCACAUCAAGAGUUCAUCAGAUCUAAAAUUCUCAGAUAGUGGUGGACCAUCUCAUGUUGACACUGUGAAAGCUUUGCAUAAAUUAUUUGUACAUCACUGUGCUCAAAACAACUUGCCAAAUCUUCUGGACCUUUAUCUUGACCAUCACAAGCUGGUUCUAGAUAAUGAGUCACUUAUUUCAUUACAGGAUGCUGCAGGAGAUUGUCAGUGGGCAAGAUGGUUGCUCUUAUCAAGAGUUAGGGGGCGUGAAUAUGAUGCCUCACUUUCUAAUGCUCGUUCCAUAAUGUCACGUAAUUUAGUUCCUGGAAGUAGUCUCAGUGUUCUAGAGAUAGACGAAAUAAUUCAUACUGUUGAUGACAUAGCUGAAGGAGGGGGGGAGAUGGCAGCUCUAGCAACCCUAAUGUAUGCCCCAGCACCAAUUCAAAGUUGUCUGAGUUCUGGUAGUGUAAACCGGUACAGUAGCUCCUCUGCCCAAUGCACCUUGGAGAAUCUUAGACCGACCCUUCAGCGGUUCCCUACAUUGUGGCGUACGCUUGUAGCUGCAUGUUUUGGACAAGAUGCAGCUUGCAACGUUGUGGGCCUCAAAGCAAAAACUGCUUUAUCUGACUAUCUAAAAUGGCGUGAGAACAUCUUCUUCUCUGCUGGACGUGAUACUUCACUUCUACAAAUGCUGCCAUGCUGGUUUCCUAAGGCUGUGAGAAGAUUGAUUCAGCUUUAUGUCCAGGGUCCUCUUGGAUGGCAAUCACUUUCAGGUCUGCCUAUAGGAGAAUCUCUGCUAGAUAGAGACACUGAUUUUUUCAUAAAUGCUGAUGAAAAUGCUGAGAUCAGUGCAAUCUCCUGGGAAGCAACCAUCCAAAAGCACAUUGAAGAGGAGCUCUAUGAUUCUUCACUUAGGGAAACUGGACUUGGACUUGAGCAUCACUUGCAUCGUGGGCGUGCACUGGCAGCUUUCAACCAUCUUCUUGCUGCUAGAGUUCAAAAAUUGAAAUCAGAAGGGCAAGUUGGCGCUUCAGUACAAGGACAAAGUAAUGUUCAAUCAGAUGUGCAAACAUUUCUUGCACCUUUAACACAAAGUGAAGAGUCUCUUCUUGCAUCUGUCAUGCCCCUUGCUGUUAUGCAUUUUGAGGAUUCUGUGUUGGUGGCGUCAUGUGCUUUUCUCCUGGAGCUUUGUGGUUUAUCUGCCAGCAUGCUUGGCAUAGACAUUGCUGCCUUGAGACGGAUAUCUUCCUUUUACAAGUCCUCGGAAAUCAAUGAGAAUCUUAGACAACGUUCACCGAAGGGUUCUGCAUUCCAUGCAGUAUCUCAUGAAAGUGAUUUAGCGGAGUCUCUUGCUCGAGCUCUGGCCGAUGACUAUCUGCACCAGGAUGGUGUUACCAUUACUAAGCCAAAGGGAAUUCCAAAUUCAUUUACUAGCAAACGUCCUUCACGAGCUCUCAUGCUUGUCCUACAGCAUUUGGAAAAGGCUAGUCUGCCAAUGAUGGUUGAUGGAAAUACAUGUGGGUCUUGGCUAUUAAGUGGCAUUGGUAAUGGAAUUGAGUUAAGAUCUCAACAGAAAGCUGCAAGCCAGCAUUGGAAUUUAGUUACAGUUUUUUGUCGGAUGCAUCAGCUACCCUUGAGCACGAAAUACCUUGCUGUAUUAGCAAGAGACAAUGACUGGGUUGGAUUUUUAUCUGAAGCCCAGGUUGGAGGAUACCCUUAUGACACUGUUGUUCAAGUUGCAUCAAAGGAGUUUGGUGAUCCACGUCUCAGAAUUCAUAUAUUAACAGUUUUGAGAGGCAUGCAGUCAAGGAAAAAAACUAGCCCUUCAUCAUAUUCAGAUACUACAGACAAAGGGGGUGAAACUUUCUUUUCAGAUGACAACAUAUGUAUCCCAGUUGAACUCUUUAGAAUUUUAGCCGAGUGUGAGAAGCAGAAAAAUCCUGGAGAGGCCCUUUUGAUGAAAGCAAGGGACUUGUCCUGGUCUAUUCUGGCCAUGAUUGCAUCUUGCUUUCCUGAUGUUUCUCCAUUAUCCUGCUUAACUGUUUGGCUGGAAAUUACUGCUGCAAGGGAAACAUCGUCCAUUAAGGUGAAUGAUAUUGCGUCUCAGAUUGCAGAUCAUGUUGGAGCAGCCGUGGAAGCCAUUAAUUCUCUGCCAGCAGGUGAUAGAGCCCUUACAUUUCAUUACAACCGGUGCAAUCCAAAACGCAGGCGGCUUGUGGAGGCCAAAUCAGUUGAUCCGGUGGCUGCCCCAACAUCAGAUCUUUCAAGUACUUCUAUGAGUGCAACAAUAUUUGUUGCCCAAGGCAUUAUUGCUGAAGAGGAAAGAAAAGUGCAACUUGGUCAACAUAUCAAAGUUUCAGGUGAUUUUGAUGAAGGGCCUGUUUCUCUUUCCAAGAUGGUUGCAGUGCUAUGCGAACAACACUUGUUCCUGCCCUUGCUAAGGGCGUUUGAAAUGUUCCUUCCAUCAUGUUCACUGCUACCUUUCAUCCGUGCUCUUCAGGCAUUUUCACAAAUGCGCCUUUCUGAAGCUUCAGCACAUUUGGGUUCUUUUUCUUCCCGAAUUAAGGAAGAACCUGCAUAUCUACUGGCAAAUAUAGGAAGAGAAGGGCAGGUUGGGACUUCGUGGAUUAGCUCCACCUCCAUAAAAGCUGCCGAUGCUGUGCUUUCAACUUGUCCAUCUCCUUAUGAGAAAAGAUGCUUACUACAACUUCUUGCUUCUACUGACUUUGGUGACGGGGGAUGUGCGGCAACAUACUAUCGACGACUUUAUUGGAAAAUUAAUUUAGCAGAGCCUUCAUUACGCAAAGAUGAUGGUCUACACCUUGGGACUGAGACUUUAGAUGAUGCUUCACUUUUAACAGCACUAGAAGAGAAUGGGCAUUGGGAGCAAGCACGCAACUGGGCCAAGCAGUUGGAGGCCAGUGGGGGAUCUUGGAAAUCUUCUGUUCAUCAUGUUACUGAAACCCAGGCUGAAUCUAUGGUAGCCGAAUGGAAGGAGUUUCUUUGGGAUGUCCCAGAAGAGAGAAUUGCAUUAUGGGGCCACUGCCAGACGCUGUUCAUUAGAUAUUCCUUCCCUGCUUUACAGGCUGGAUUAUUUUUCCUUAAACAUGCAGAAGCUGUGGAGAAAGAUCUCCCUGCGAGGGAGCUUCAUGAAUUAUUGUUGCUUUCUCUACAAUGGUUGAGCGGGAUGAUAACCAUGUCCAAUCCAGUCUAUCCAUUGCAUCAUCUGCGGGAAAUUGAGACUAAAGUAUGGCUCUUGGCUGUAGAAUCAGAAGCUCAGGUGAAGAGUGAAGGAGAAUUUAAUUUAACCAGUUCCACUUGGGACUCUGUUAAAAUUAGCUCCAGUAUUAUUGACCGGACUGCGAGUAUGAUAACUAAAAUGGACAAUCAUAUGAAUACAAUGAAGAAUAGAACUCUAGAGAAAAAUGAUGCAAGGGAAAAUAACCUGACACAUCACAAGAACCAAGUAUCGGAUGCCAGCUUUCCAACCACAGCAGGGGGAAGUACAAAGACAAAACGGAGGGCCAAAGGCUAUAUGCCACUAAGAAGGCCAUUAACAGACUCGCUGGAUAAAAACAUUGAUCCUGACGAUGGAUUUGGUCCUCUUAAAUUUGGCAAUGAUUUGCCGUUGCAAGAAGAGAACAUUAAAAUGGAAAUGUCCUUUUCGAGGUGGGAGGAAAGGGUUGGACCUGCAGAGCUGGAGAAAGCAGUUCUUUCUUUAUUGGAGUUUGGACAAAUAACAGCUGCCAAGCAACUCCAACAUAAGCUGUCUCCGGCACAAGUACCUUCUGAAUUUGUACUUGUGGAUGCUGCUUUAAAGCUUGCUGCUAUGUCAACUCCUAGUAGUGAAGCAUCCAUAUCAAUGCUUGAUGAGGAAGUGCGUUCUGUUAUUAAGUCAUAUAAUAUUCCUACUGACCAGCAUAAGGUCAACACGCUGCAGGUUUUGGAGAGUUUGGCAACCAUUUUAACUGAAGGUAGUGGACAUGGACUGUGUAAGAGAAUAAUAGCAGUUCUGAAAGCUGCGAAUGUCUUGGGGCUUUUAUUUUCAGAGGCAUUUGAUAAGCAACCAAUUGAAUUACUACAGCUUCUUUCUCUUAAAGCACAAGAGUCAUUUGAGGAGGCAAAUCUCCUAGUGCAAACUCAUUCUAUGCCAGCCACGAGUAUUGCCCAGAUUCUCGCAGAAUCAUUUCUGAAGGGCCUAUUGGCUGCACAUCGUGGGGGAUAUAUGGAUGCUCAAAAGGAGGAAGGGCCUGCCCCCUUGCUGUGGAGAUUUUCAGACUUCCUGAAGUGGGCAGAGCUCUGUCCUUCCGAACCAGAAAUUGGCCAUGCAUUGAUGCGUUUGGUGAUUACUGGACAAGAGAUACCGCAUGCUUGCGAGGUUGAGCUUCUUAUCCUGUCUCACCACUUCUACAAGUUGUCAGCUUGCCUUGAUGGAGUUGAUGUUCUUGUAGCCCUUGCUGCAACCAGGGUUGAAGCUUAUGUCUCCGAGGGUGAUUUUUCGUGUUUGGCUCGCCUGAUAACUGGAGUUGGAAACUUCCAUGCCCUCAAUUUCAUUCUUGGAAUUCUUAUAGAAAAUGGUCAACUGGAUCUUCUUCUUCAGAAAUAUUCAGCUGCUGCAGAUACAAACACGGGCACAGCUGAGGCUGUCAGGGGAUUUCGAAUGGCUGUUUUGACAUCAUUGAAGCAGUUUAACCCCAAUGACCUUGAUGCGCUUGCGAUGGUCUACAAUCAUUUUGAUAUGAAGCAUGAAACAGCUGCUCUUUUAGAGUCAAGGGCACAGCAGUCUUCUGGGCAGUGGCUCCACCGUUAUGACAGGGAUCAGAAUGAGGAUCUGUUAGAUUCCAUGCGCUAUUACAUUGAAGCUGCUGAAGUUCAUUCUUCGAUUGACGCUGGCAACAAAACACGCAAAGCUUGUGCUCAGGCUUCCCUUGUGUCCCUCCAAAUUCGAAUGCCAGAUCUCCAGUGGCUUGAUCUAAAUGAAACCAAUGCCAGACGAGCCCUAGUCGAGCAGUCCCGUUUUCAAGAGGCCCUAAUUGUCGCUGAAGCAUAUGGUCUUAACCAGCCAAGCGAGUGGGCUUUGGUUCUCUGGAAUCAAAUGCUCAAACCAGAACUAUUGGAAGAGUUCAUAGCCGAAUUUGUGGCUGUGCUUCCUCUACAGUCCUCGAUGCUUGGUGAUCUUGCAAGAUUUUAUCGGGCAGAGGUUGCAGCCAGAGGAGACCAGUCCCAAUUCUCAGUUUGGCUAACUGGAGGAGGAUUGCCUGCCGAAUGGGCUAAAUAUUUGUGGAGAUCCUUUAGAUGCUUGUUGAAGAGAACUAGGGAUUUGAGGUUGCGGUUGCAGUUGGCCACUGUGGCAACUGGAUUUGGCGAUGUGAUUGAUGCAUGCAUGAAGGCAUUGGACAAGGUCCCCGACAAUGCGGGGCCGCUUGUUCUGAGGAAAGGCCAUGGCGGGGCUUACCUCCCACUAAUGUGAAUCAAAUGUCAAUGGCAACAAGUUUGAUUACAAUUUUCAUCUUGUGAUGGUGAUAACAAAAUGGCGGCAACUUUAAUGUCCCUCGCUAUCUCUUUUGGUGAACUAGGGGCAGGAUUCUUAAUUUGAGGAAUGGUGGUAUGGAAAAGACAAUCCAAAAAGAAAAAGAAAAAGAAAAAAGGAAAUUGAAGAAGGUUAUAUGAAGAUUGGGGAUAGUUAUAGAGAUUAGUUUUAAAUUCUUUUUCAGGUUCAUUGGACCAGUCAGAAGCAGAGAGCAGUGAAGAAAAUAUGUAGGUUAGAUCAGUUAGUCAAUGCUAGCAAAGUCUUUGUAAAAUCAUAUAUUGUUUUUGGCCCUGUUCUUUUCUUUCUUUUUCUUUUUUUCUUUCAUUUUUUGAUUGGUAAUUUGAGGCCAGUUGUAUAUCCUGAAUGAUUAUCGACAAACAAGUGCUUCAAUUUUGUGAGAAAUGUAUAAUUUGUUCAUAUUCUUUUUCAAUGUAAAGCUCUCGUGCUCUUUCUUUUC